GUAGGCGUGGUCUUAUUGCCCACGUGUCAUACAUUUUAAAAAUGGCGCCUUUGACUUAUAUAUUUCUAGGUUUGUCUUUGUUAGUAGCCGUUAAUGGAGGGAAAGAGAGAGUGAUUGGAGCAGAAGUAGUGACCAUCACUACUGAUAACUGGAGGGAUAUGCUCACUGGAGAAUGGAUGGUGGAAUUUUAUGCUCCAUGGUGUCCAUAUUGCACGCAGUUUUCUCCAGUCUGGGAAGACUUUGCCGAUUGGGUCAACGAUUUUGACGUAAAGGUUGCCAAAGUAGACAUAACAAACGAACCAAUACUUGGUGGUCAGUUUAUGAUUGAGCAGCUGCCAACUAUAUUCCAUAUAAAAGAUGGUGAUGUUAGGUUGUAUUCCGAUGAAAGGAAUCCGACUUCCUUGCAGGAUUUCAUUGAAAAGAACAAUUAUUUAAACGUUGAUCCAAUACCUUGGUACAAGAGCCCAACAUCUCUACAUAUGUAUGGACUGGGCGUAAUGUUCCAGCUGGCUCAGGAAGCACAGAAACUCGAGGAGUACCUGCGAAAGGAGUACAACCUCUCCACCUGGGGCAUCUUUGGGAUAAUGGCUACUGGUACCGUGGUUAUCGGACUAUUGAUCGGCCUGGUUUGCGUUUUGGUAGGCGAAGUUGUAUCACGUGCUCGGUCAGCUCCCAAGAGACGUCCAAGGCCUCAGAAGGAAGAAAAGAAACCGACUGAAAGCAAAGAGCCGGUUCCCAUUGAAACACUUCAAGAGAAAGAAGCAGUUCAAGAAAAAGAAGCAGUUCAAGAAAAAGAAACAGAGGAAGAGAAAGAAAUAGUGGAGACUGUCCAGGAGAAAGGGAACGAAAAGAAAGCUAAAAGUGAUAAACCUAGAAAAAGGAACAAGGCCAAAAGGGAAACUGAUUAGAUGCCAUUGUCUUUUUAAAAUUGAACUAUCGUAAUAAUAAUAAUUAUUUUAUUUUUGAUGGUAUUUCCAACUAACUGUUGUUGUUGCCUUUG